ACUGUGAAAGAGAGAAAGAAAAAGGGGAGUCAAAGCUGGUAGGAGGUGUGCACACCUCUUGCGAGUUUACGUGGCCUACGACGAACAGAACGAGCGGACAGUUACCUUUCUGUUUCGAGACCGCGAGGAUCUACCUCGUGCCACCGCCGCCGCGAGUCAACCCGGUGAUUGCUUCUCUCGAUGGAUCGAGGGGAAGGAAUGAUGCCGAUCUUUCGGCUUCUCUACGGCCUGCUAUCGUGGGCCAUGGCACGGGCCAUCUCCACGUCUUGGAACCCCUCGUUCACACCAGCCACCAUUCUACAUCAGGGACCCGCUCUGAAUAUUUACGAAAGCGGCGCCGCGCAAUCUCUCUACGACGUAGAGGGUUCGUUGCUGUUGGCCCAGCAGCACCACCAAGACCAAUGUGCUCUUUACAAAGUCGCGAUGAAGCAACAAUUCUACUUCGAGUACGUUCACUACAAGACGGAGCUGCCAGACAUCAAGGAGUUCACCUUGUGCAUGUGGACGAAAUUCUACAAUCACAGCAACGACCAUCCCUUGUUCUCGUACGCAGUCGGGGAUCAACCGCGCGGGAUUCUCUCCUGGGUGGCGAACACCGCCAGGAGUUCCUACUACAUGAUGAACAUCGACGGGCACAACUUGUACAGAUUGAAUUAUCCGCUCCGAUUGAACAAGUGGUAUCACUCGUGCCAAAGCUGGAACGGCCGUACAGGAGAAUGGCAGAUCUGGGUCAACGACGAGCGCGUAGGUCGCGGGUUCAACAACAGGCUGGUCCGGCACGUCAUCAAAGGGGGUGGAGUGGCGAUCACAGGGCAGGAGCAACGACAGCUGGGCGGCGGAUUUUUGGAAGGCGACGAAGCUCCUCCAGGAUCCGGCGGGCUCCUCGGCGAAAUAACGAUGGUGCAGCUUUACGGGGUCGCGUUGACAGCCGGGAAAGCCCACAAGGACCACAAACAUCAUCACGCGAAUCACUACGAGCACGAUACCAGCAACAACACGCCCAGGCCUACGCGUCCUCCUGUAACCGGGCCACCCCUUCCGCAACAUCCCUACCUCACUGCCGGACAAAUCAAUCAUCAGGUGAAAAUCAAUCCAGGAUCGCCGCUACAGAUCGUUCAGAGUGGAGUGAUCCUGAGGCAUCCAGCGGUGAUUCCACGCAAUCCAGCCCCUCAACCGUUACCACCCGCGAAUCCCAAUUCCGUCGUCGCGACAGCGUUCCCCCUGCAAUCUAGCCAGUUCUUCGGCAGUCUACGGUCUGGCGUAGGUUUGCCCUCGGCGAGCGGAAUAACCGACGUGGCAGCCAGCCCGUCGUUCCGCAGUCUCUUCAAGAGAGAGAAGAAGGAUUCGUUGGCGAUUGAAACCGGGAGCGAGGGAUCGGAGGACGCGACCGGCCGAGUAUCCGCCGUGGCGAAAAGGGAGAUCGACGCAAAGUCGACGGAAAGAUCUACCGAUGGAAAGGUAACUUUUGUGCCAAGGGAGAGAGAGUCGAAAAACGAAAAGGUAACCUUCGUGCCAAAGGAGAGAGAGUCUGACUCUAACGAAAAUGAAAAGGUGACCUUCGUGCCAAAGGGAAAAGAGAGUGGAGUGUCCGAGAGCAGGCGAGACGAGGACGAUCCAGAGAAACAAGACUCGAGCAAGAAGAAACGAGGCUUGGCGCAGUUGGGGGACGGUCUGAUCAUCGACGACGGCUACGUCUCUCAAGGCUUGGACAACGACUACUUCGCAGGCCUGACCAAUUUCGGGCUGCAGUUGCCCAAGUACGACGAGAACAAGGACGACGAGAGGGAGCCCGCGGAGGCCGAAGUCAGAGCGAUCAUGGACGUGUGCGACGGUUGCGCGGAGGAGCCUUUCGAGAAAGCUCUGAUCUUCGGUUGGCGGUCGGUCCCGAAGAAACUCUACUCGGGCGCGGCGCACGUACCAGCGGUGCAGACGUGCAAGGCGUUUUAACAAGGCGUUUCGUUCUCGAUCGAAACCGCAGCCACGAGAGAACGAGAGAGAGAGAGAGAGAGAAAGCAAGCAAGUCGGCCCGACUCGGGUCCAUUCGCGGCAUCGACCAGAGGAGGAGGCCAGUCCGAGGGACCAGAGAUUUAUGGUUAUCGCGCUCGGCAACGUAGCGGUAGCCGACCGCUAUCGCUGACGCGGGAUCUCUCCUACGUGCCGUGAACCCGAGGCCGACGGAUCUCGAACGCGCGAUUACGCGAUACGAGACGAAUGGACGAAUAGGCUGCUCCGUCGAUCGCGUUCCCGAGACGUAUUUAUUACCUAUUUGCGAGAGCGUACGGAGAGAUUUUUUUUCUUUUCAGUCCAGGAUCAUUUCCAAGUCGUUCGUUUAACGACCGACGACGACCGACGGAGCUGGCAGAGUUGGAAAA